CCGUCUCUCCCAGUGGUCACCACCAUGUUUCCUCUUUGACUAGCUAGAUCUCUAUCUCCCAAUAGGUUUAGGUUUAGGUUUAGGUUUAGGUUAGUCCAAGCAAUGAAUUAAAUUAAUGGAGUUACUAAACGUAGACAAAUAGCAAAACAGAAGAAGCUCCCUUUUUCAAAUCCCACCGUAGAAGACGACCUCCAGAAACAAAACCCUACUUUCCAGCCUUUCACUGCUUAACCACCGCCACAGCAGACUCUCUCUAGAGUCUAAUCUACUCCCUCCCCAGAAUUACUAACCAAAAGUUAUAUAUAUAAAUUGAAAAAAAGAAAACCUCAGGAAACAAUAAGAGGCAGCACGCACAGUACUCAUUCUAAUGGAGGAGUGCAUGAGAAAGCUAGCUUUAUGGCACACUCGAACAUUCAAUCCCAUUAUGACUCACGAAGAGCUCGAGCCCCUCAUGACUACCAUGGGCUUCGUGGGGCUCCCUCCAUCUUCCUCUUCGUCGUGGAAGGAGUACGCUUACAUGGCUAAGCCGCCUAAAUAUUACAAAUACUGCUACGAUCACUCGGAGGAGCAGUCGCCAGUGCCACCGCGACCCAAGCUGCCUUACCCUAAGAUAGAUGGCCUCCACCUAUAUACUUACCAAGCUUUCAUCGACUCCGUUAACCUCUACCUCGAGAUGUCUAACAUCUCCGAUCUCUUCCACGUCAGGGGAAUGCCGCUUUCUCGAAAUGUGGAUAGAGAUUGGAAGUGGCGUCGAAUGGAAGAAGAGGAGACUGUGUUUGUUUAUAGAGAAGGGACUCUAGAUCAAACGACUUACCAUCUCUAUCAUUUGAACAAGCCAAGCAGUGGCAAUGGCGAUGAUUCUGUGCUCAUUCGUGACAAGGGCAAAAAUGCUCCCAUUACAUGCAUCGUCCCUUUGAAAGACAUUAUAGUUGUAUGAUUCAGCUCCUCUUUUCAAUUCUUAAACGAUCACCAUGCAUUAGGCAAUUGAUAUUUCUUUUUCUUUUUUAUUUAUUUGGUUCAAGACUAAUCUAUACAGUAAUUUGCUUAUUA